UCACGCAGGAGGAGGCAGAGCAUACCGCCUCGGUCUGCCACCGCUGCUGUGUGUGUGUAUGUGUGUGUGUCAGCUGCUAGGUCAGGACGUCCAGCCGGCUCACCUGUUCGGAACCGAACCUGCUAUCCUCGGAACUGGUSUCGGAGCAGAGUACGUGUCCCGACGAGCCUCCUCUCUCCUCCGUCUGCUCCAUCAUGGCCGUCUUCACCCCCUGUCCUCUCCCUUCGAGAGAUAUCCUUCAAAGCUAAGCGUGAUGGAUGACUGUCUGACGGACGGAGAUGGACAGAAUCAAACCAUGGCCCAUCAGAUUCAYGUCAAAGUGAAACACAGUCCUCUGCAAGUCACUUUUGAAAACCAGGAGAUCCUCAUCAGGUUGUUUCUCAUCCUAUGCACCGAACCCCCUCAGCACACCGCCUGCUGAGUGUUAACCCUCGCGCUGCUGGUUAUGAGCUGCUCACCCGCCACCAAUGAGCCAGAGAGCUGCAGCAGCGAGGAGAGCAGCUGCACCACUUCCUCCAUCACCAACUCUGAGCCGUCCUCUAUGUCCACGCAGACCGACUCGCUCGGCAGCGCCCCCGGCGUGGCCCGCGACAUCACCCCGCCGCCGUCCAACCGUGACAUUGUUGAAGACAUACGACGAGGGGAGGGAAAGAUUUACGGAGCCGAGCUUCUCAAAGACCUGCUGAAGCUCCUGCCUGAUUCGGAGGAGAUCAAGAAGCUGCAAGUGUUUAAAGGAGAUCCAGACAAGCUGACACUGGUCGACUCCUUUAUGUACCUCCUAAUCCAGGUUCCACGGUUCGAGGUUCGGAUCGAGGCCAUGGUCCUCCGUGAMGAGUUCUUGCCUUUUUGUGCUGCGAUGAGCCACGAGAUCGACAUAAUCCGCGCCGCUACUAAAGAGCUGAUGAGCUGUGAGGAGCUUCACGCCAUCCUUCAUCUGGUGCUGCAAGCAGGAAACAUCAUGAAUGCUGGCGGCUAUGCAGGAAACGCUGUGGGGUUUAAAUUGUCGUCUCUCCUCUCACUGGCUGACACAAAAGCCAACAAACCUGGAAUGAACCUGCUGCAUUUUGUYGCCAUGGAGGCAAAGAAGAAAGAUGAGAUGCUGCUGAAGUUUCCAGACAAACUGCAGCACGUGCAGAGAGCAGCCAGAGUUUCAGUGGAAAACAUCGAGCUAGAGUUUUCCUCCUUAUACGUUCGGAUCAGAUCUCUGGAGGAGAAAGUUCAAGGAGACAAGGAGUUAGUGCUGCAGCUGGAGCCCUUUCUGCAGACUGCAGCACAGACACUUCAGGACCUAAAGCGACGCAGGCUGGACCUGCGUAAAGAGGGGAACGCUCUCAUAGAUUUCUUUUGUGAGGACAAGGAUACCUUCAAGUUGGACGAGGGUUUCCGCAUUUUUCAAGAUUUCUGCAUUAAAUUCAACAAAGCUGUUAAAGACAACACGGACCGGGAGCUGAAGGAGGCAGCCAGACAGCGCCGGCUAAGAGAACUGGAGGAGAAGCGUUUUGCGUGGUCGGGCGAGGACCAGAGCAGCAUCUUUGGUCGCAGCAGCAGCGAGAACGACGUGCAGAUGCUCACCAAGGAGGGACUCCUGGACUUCUUCCAGAGGAGGUCUCAGAGUCCAAACAGCCCACUUGGGCGUUCGGCCAGCGCUCGCCGCCACCGUCACACUGUGACCUCCGUGGCGGACCGUGAGCUCCAGGGAUACCUCGAGCUGUUCGGGAGCACAGAUAACCCCACUGAUUAUUCUAAGUUUUACAGCCUGCCUCGAUCGGGUCGCCUUUACCAGCGGAGGACAACCCCGUGGAUUUUAGGCCAGGAGGACAGCCGUGAGCUCGGCUGCGACAGACAAGUGACUUCUCCGCAUGCAGAAACUGAACCCAUCAGCCCACUGGCCAGGUUCUCCUCAUCUGGGCCGAACRAUAACGUGGAUCCAUUUGACAACAAUAAUUACUCUACCGUCUCUGAGGGCAGCGCACUGCCUCGUUCCUUUUGUAUGUUUCAGAAGCCCUAUCUUCCAAACCCAACAAUUCCCGGCCAUAUGAAUAUUAGUGUGGAGAAGCGCACUUUAGUCCAAGCUCCUCAAGCUUUUAACCUUCCUAGUCCAAACAACAACAGCAAUCACAUGCACUUUGUUAACCGUCCUGAUGUUGUUGUGGCGGAACUGSUUAAUGAGAUCCAGUCGCCUCAAAAGAAUCAGGAACAUCUUGGGCACGAGAAAGUUUUAGAGAAACGUGCAGAUCUGAAAGCAGUACAGGAAGAUAAAAUCGAUUUUCCCACACAGACUAGAAUCUCUGCCGAGAAGGAAGAAGACUACAGCACAGUUUCAUCAACUACCUGCGAUACUCCCCUCCCACUGGAUACCUCUGUAUCCAAUAAGAAGCCAGUGUUUUACAUCCCAGACUGCACAGAAACAGACUGCUCUGUUGCCUUGGAUUACUCCGAGGCUGAAAGCUCACCUCAUCCAAAAGAAGGACUUCAUUUAAGAACUGACUACAGUAAAGACCAGCAAAGCCAGCAGGAUUCCAACUCUUUGUYCUCCAACUUGGAGUCGGCUUCACCCAACAACCUCUCUGUCUCAACCAACGAGCUCCCGGCGCCCGAAUGUGUGGACGCAGCGUCCAUGACUCCAUCUCUGAACACGGAGGAAUGGGACACAGAGAGCUGCGACACGGCCGAAGGAAAACAGGGCGAAGACGCUCAGAGAACUGGCAGAAAAGCAGCGCACUCCAGGAGCAACAAAGUGACAAAGAGCAGCGGAGGCCGAGGAGUGCGAACGCUGACCAGCAGCGAGAGCCAGGGCAUGAGGAAAGUCGUGCCCAUGUACAAGCUCACCAGGACGGGCAGCAGCAAACGAGCAGAGAGAGCUGCGGGGCAAGACGGUGGAGAAACACGCCGGCAUCUCCGUGACCAGAGCACGCCAGCCAGAGGAAGGGCCGAGAAGACAACAAGACCUCCUCGGCACUCGAGCGUCCCUCCUGAUGAGUCCAAAGUUCAGCGAGGCGGUGGCCUCUCGGGCAGUAUUUCCAGAUGGGCACGUGAUUCAAUGCCCAGGAAAGCGUCCCUCCACAAACCGAGCGCCAAACCUGUGAGGAACAUCCCAAAGCCGCCAGCCGAGGAGAAAAUGUGCCGUUCCACCAUGAGAGCUCUCGCUCAGGCUCAGGCCCAGGCCCAGGGCGGUGCUUCUUCUGAAAACAGCAGCUCUCUUGCAAACAUUUCAAAAAACUCCUCGGAUGUUCCCAGCUUUGCCAGGAACACAGUAGCUUCGUCUUCCAGGAGCAAAAAGGAGCUAGGACCUACCUCUGCCCCCUCCACUCCAUCCCAUAGCCCCUCAGUCCGUGGCAGAAAAUCAUCAAUAAAGCAGAGUCGGGCGUCGCCGGCUGUUCACACCAGCGAGGAGAAGCCGCAGGCGACAAACCUGAGGCGGGUCCAAAGCGUGAAGGCGACCAGCCGCGGCGUGUAUCGUAGCGAGACUCCACCUCCAGCACGGGAGAAUGUUCGUAAGACCAGCAGCUUUUCUGAAAAGUCUGUGCAGAGCAGAGACUUGUUGGCAUCCAGCCGAGCCUCGAAGCCGAGCUGGAAGUAAAACCAGACGUGUUGGAAACUGACUGCAAAACAGCAAGAAGACAGAGAAAAUGCUUUCAUUUAGAGUAAAAUGACAUUUGCUGUUAUCCUCUCAUACCACAAUUUAAAUUACACAAUAAAAUGAGUAAUCGGUUUGAAGUGGGGUUCUGUGAAAAGAUUAAAUUAGAUAGUUAAAUGAAUCAUUAACUGGCUCUGAAUGAAACUAUUUCUUCAAGCUAAGUUUUCUCAAAGAGCUGUCUACAACAGGUAAGAUAUUAAAUGUUCAUAAUCUCUACUGAACCCCACUCCAAAUGGUCUGAACCUUGUAUCAUUCAAAGAGUAGUUAUCUUUUAGGUUCACAAAGAGCAAGAUGCAAUAAACCUCCAAAUUUUAGUUUCAUCCAUUAAAAAGGUUCCGUCUUUGUUUUAUUUUUUGAACAAAACCGACAAAAGGCAAAUUCUGUGUUUUUCACACUGAGGUUUUUAUUGCCUGCUUAGCUGUUAUGUACACUGCAAUAUACAUGAUGUUGCUGAAAUACUACAGACUCACUCCAUAAUGCUGCUAAUUAUCUCUGACAAAUUGAGACUGAUAGAGUUUCAGCGUCUUUUUUUAUUCAGGGUUUCAGAAUCUGUUGAAUCUCGCUGUACCUUGCUGCUGGUAUGUUUUUUUUUUUAGUUUUGCUGCGUUUUCCUGUAGAUUAACACUAAUCUGUUUGCCUUGAUACCUCAGAAACAUUGCAGUGGCCUUGGACCAGCAGAACGGCUCGUGUAGUUCUGCUCAAUGGUAGCGUGGACAAAUCGGAUCAGUUUUGAUGAAGCUGUAAUGUCACGUAUUUUAAUGUCGCGAUCAUAUGUUAAGUCACAAAUAUUCUAAACCGGCUAUGGUAAUACCUGUACCGUUUUUAUUUAAGUGUCAGUAGUUUGUAAACAAAAAUGUGUUAGAACUCCUCCAUAAUGUCAUGGAGUCGAUGUGCACGUAAGAAAUGUUUCCUGUUAAAGCUGUCAAAGAAAAGCUCUUAAACACAACUGAAAGCGUAAAUCAUGUGAUUGUUUUGACAGUCUGAUCAGAUUUUCUAUUGGUUAGAUGUUGACUCCUGUUUAUUCCAGGGAUUCAUGAUUUAGUUGCAACAUUAGUUAUAAAUGGGCAUUUUUUUUCACUGAACUUCAGCUUCUUAUUCUAAUUUUUUGAGAGUAUUCACAAGAGCACAGAGCUAAUCAUAUAAUGUUCUGGGGGAAAAAUAAGAACAGAGAGUCAUUCUGUGAUGUUUCUGGAGUUUUUAAUUAAAAGCAAAGCUAGUAGGGCAUCUUCUCAGGUUGGGGCAAUA